UCGAAUAUUCAAUUAUUUUAUUCGGAAACAUUUUGUUAAGCUCUGCAAAACUAGGGUUGUUUGAUAAGAGAAACACAAAUUUCGAAGGCGACAGAAUCGAAUCGAAUUUGCGAUAACGAUGGCAUUGAACAACGGUCUCAGAUCUGCAGCGAAGCUAAUUGCUUCUUCUGAAUCCUCCAUCUCCAAAUCAGUGAGUAGAGGUUUUCAUUCAACUGGCGUGAAGAGGAUGGGAGGCGGACAUGGCCAUAGCGAGCCAGAGUACAUGCAUGCAUAUCACAUGUACAACUUGGACAAGAUGAAGUAUCAGGGUUUGAAAAUGUCUCUUGCUGUGUUCACAGCUUUCAGCAUUGGUGUUGCAGUUCCUGUGUAUGCAGUCAUUUUCCAGCAAAAGAAGACAGCAUCUGGCUGAUUCAUCUUAUACUCCAUUUGUACAAUAAUCAGAUGGAUUUGGGGAUCCUAGACUAGCAUAUUGGUUUUGGUGAUUAUUGUCGUAUUACUUUGAACUUUGUUCAUGUUUAAUUUUCAUAUGGAUUUUCCAUAUAUCUCUUGUAAUAAUCAUUUUCUCUGUAAUGCCAAAUAUUUGUGCUUGGACAUUUUUAUGUCUUGAAAGGAAAUAUAGACUUGGAAUGUCCUGUUUUUUCA